AUGCAGAGGUCGCCUCUGGAAAAGGCCAGCGUCAUCUCCAAACUUUUUUUCAGCUGGACCAGACCAAUUUUGAGGAAAGGGUACAGACAGCGCCUGGAGUUAUCAGACAUAUACCAAAUCCAUUCUGCUGAUUCUGCGGACAAUUUGUCUGAAAAAUUGGAACGAGAAUGGGACAGAGAGUUGGCUUCAAAGAAAAACCCAAAACUCAUGAAUGCCCUUCGCCGGUGCUUUUUCUGGAGAUUUAUGUUCUAUGGAAUCUUACUGUAUUUGGGGGAAGUCACCAAAGCAGUCCAGCCUCUUUUACUGGGAAGAAUCAUAGCUUCCUAUGAUCCUGACAACAAGGUGGAACGGUCCAUCGCUAUUUACUUAGCCAUAGGUUUAUGUCUUCUCUUUAUUGUGAGGACACUGCUUCUGCACCCAGCCAUUUUUGGUCUUCACCACAUUGGAAUGCAGAUGAGGAUAGCUAUGUUCAGUUUGAUUUAUAAAAAGACUUUAAAGCUGUCAAGUCGUGUUCUAGAUAAAAUAAGUAUUGGACAACUUGUUAGUCUCCUUUCCAACAACCUCAACAAAUUUGAUGAAGGACUUGCCUCAACACAUUUCGUGUGGAUUGUUCCUUUACAAGUGACACUUCUGAUGGGGUUGCUCUGGGAGUUGUUACAGGCCUCUGCCUUCUGUGGACUUGCUUUCCUAAUCGUCAUUGCCCUUUUUCAGUCCGGCUUAGGGAGAAUGAUGAUGAAGUAUAGAGAUCAGAGAGCUGGGAAGAUAAAUGAAAGACUCGUGAUCACCUCAGAAAUUAUUGACAAUAUCCAGUCUGUUAAGGCAUACUGCUGGGAGGAGGCAAUGGAAAAAAUUAUUGAAAACCUGAGACAAACAGAAUUGAAACUGACCCGGAAGGCAGCCUAUGUGAGAUACUUCAAUAGCUCAGCUUUCUUCUUCUCAGGAUUCUUUGUUGUGUUUUUAUCUGUGCUUCCCUAUGCAUUGAUCAAAGGAAUCGUCCUUCGGAAAAUAUUCACAACCAUCUCAUUCUGCAUUGUUCUGCGCAUGGCAGUCACUCGGCAGUUCCCUUGGGCUGUGCAAUCGUGGUAUGACUCUAUUGGAGCCAUAAACAAAAUACAGGAUUUCUUACAGAAACAAGAAUAUAAGACAUUAGAAUACAACUUAACAACCACAGAAGUCAUUAUGGAGAAUGCAACAGCUUACUGGGAGGAGGGAUUUGGAGGAUUAUUUGAGAAAGCAAAACAAAAUAGUAACAGUAGAAACAUUUCCAAUGGUGAUAACAGCCUCUUCUUCAGUAACUUCUCACUUCUUGGCACACCUGUCCUGAAAGAUAUCAAUUUCAAGAUAGAGAGAGGACAGUUGUUGGCAGUUGCUGGAUCUACUGGAGCUGGCAAGACUUCACUUCUAAUGAUGAUAAUGGGAGAACUGGAGCCUUCAGAGGGUAAAAUUAAACACAGUGGAAGAAUUUCAUUCUGUUCACAGUUUUCCUGGAUUAUGCCUGGUACUAUUAAAGAGAACAUCGUCUUUGGUGUUUCUUAUGAUGAGUAUAGAUAUAGGAGUGUCAUCAAAGCAUGCCAACUAGAAGAGGACAUUUCCAAGUUUGCAGAGAAAGACAAUAUAGUUCUCGGAGAAGGUGGAAUUACACUGAGUGGAGGUCAGCGAGCUCGGAUUUCUUUAGCAAGAGCAGUAUACAAAGAUGCUGAUUUGUACCUAUUAGAUUCUCCUUUUGGAUAUUUAGAUGUUUUAACAGAAAAAGAAAUAUUUGAAAGCUGUGUCUGUAAGUUGAUGGCUAACAAAACUAGGAUUUUGGUCACUUCUAAAAUGGAACAUUUAAAGAAAGCUGACAAAAUAUUAAUUUUACAUGAAGGUACCAGCUAUUUUUAUGGAACAUUUUCUGAACUACAAAAUCUACGGCCAGACUUCAGCUCAAAGCUCAUGGGAUAUGAUUCUUUUGACCAGUUUAAUGCAGACAGAAGAAAUUCAAUCCUCACUGAGACUUUACGGCGUUUCUCUUUAGAAGGAGAUGCUACUGUUUCCUGGAAUGAAACAAAAAGACAAUCUUUUAAACAGCCAGGAGAGUUUGGGGAAAAAAGGAAGAACUCUAUUCUCAAUCCAAUCAACUCUGUAAGAAAAUUUUCUAUUGUCCAAAAGGCUCCACUGCAAAUGAAUGGCAUAGAAGAAAAUUCUGAUGAGCCUUUAGAGAGAAGACUGUCCUUAGUUGCAGGUUCUGAGCAGGGAGAGGCCAUCCUUCCACGGAGCAGCCUGAUUGACACUGGCCCCACAUUUCAGGGGCGCAGGAGGCAGUCUGUUCUGAACCUGAUGACAUACUCCUCAGUGAACCAAGGUCAGAGCAUUCACAGAAGGACAGGUACAUCCACGCGAAAAAUGUCGCUGGCACCUCAAGCAAACUUAACUGAAUUGGAUAUAUAUUCAAGACGGUUAUCUCAAGAUAGUGGCUUGGAAAUAAGUGAAGAAAUCAAUGAAGAGGAUUUGAAGGAGUGUUUUUUUGAUGACUUGGAGAACAUACCAGCAGUGACUACAUGGAAUACCUACCUUCGAUAUAUUACUGUUCAUAAGAACUUAAUUUUUGUGCUAAUUUGGUGUUUAGUUAUUUUUCUGGCUGAGGUGGCUGUUUCUUUGGUUGUGUUGUGGCUAUUUGGAAGAGCAUCUCCUUCAGACAAAGGAAAUAGUACUAAGAGUGCAAAUAGCACCUCUGGAGUGAUCGUCACCCAAACCAGCUACUAUUAUGUUUUUUACAUUUAUGUGGGAGUAGCCGACACUUUGCUUGCUCUGGGAUUCUUCAGAGGUUUACCACUGGUGCAUAGUCUGAUCACAGUGUCCAAAAUUUUGCACCACAAAAUGUUACAUUCUGUUCUUCAAGCACCUAUGUCCACUCUUAAUGCGUUGAAAGCAGGUGGAAUCCUUAAUAGAUUCUCCAAAGAUAUAGCAAUUUUGGAUGAUAUUCUGCCUCUUACCAUAUUUGACUUCAUCCAGUUGGUACUAAUUGUAAUUGGAGCUAUGACAGUAGUCUCGGUUUUGCAACCCUACAUCUUCCUAGCAACAGUACCAGUGAUUGCCGCUUUUAUUAUAUUGCGAGCCUACUUCAUCCACACCUCACAGCAACUCAAACAACUAGAAUCUGAAGGCAGGAGUCCAAUUUUCACUCAUCUUGUUACAAGUUUAAAAGGACUGUGGACACUUCGUGCCUUUGGACGGCAGCCUUACUUUGAAGCCCUGUUCCACAAAGCUCUGAAUUUACACACUGCCAACUGGUUUUUAUACCUGUCAACACUGCGCUGGUUCCAAAUGAGAAUAGAAAUGAUUUUUGUCAUUUUCUUCAUUGCUGUCACCUUCAUUUCUAUUUUAACAACAGGUGAAGGAGAAGGAACAGUUGGCAUAAUUCUCACUUUAGCCAUGAAUAUCAUGAGUACAUUGCAGUGGGCUGUAAAUUCCAGCAUCGAUGUGGAUAGCUUGAUGAGAUCUGUGAGUCGAGUCUUCAAAUUUAUUGAUAUGCAAACAGAAGAAAGCAGAUCUAUCAAGUCAGUGAAACCAUGCAAGGAUGGUCCACUCUCAAAAGUUAUGAUUAUUGAAAAUCAGCAUGUGAAGAAAGAUGAUAUCUGGCCCUCAGGGGGCCAAAUGACUGUCAAAGACCUCUCAGCAAAAUACAUAGAUGGUGGGAAUGCCAUUCUAGAGAACAUUUCCUUCUCGAUAAGUCCUGGCCAGAGGGUGGGCCUCUUGGGCAGAACUGGAUCAGGGAAGAGUACUUUGUUAUCAGCUUUUUUGAGACUGCUGAACACUGAAGGAGAAAUCCAAAUAGAUGGUGUGUCUUGGGAUUCAAUAACUUUGCAACAGUGGAGGAAGGCCUUUGGAGUGAUACCACAGAAAGUAUUUAUCUUUUCUGGAACCUUUAGAAAAAACUUGGAUCCCUAUGAACAAUGGAAUGAUGAAGAAUUAUGGAAAGUUGCAGAUGAGGUUGGACUCAGAUCUGUGAUAGAGCAGUUUCCAGGGAAGCUUGAUUUUGUCCUCGUGGAUGGGGGUUGUGUCCUAAGUCACGGCCACAAGCAGUUGAUGUGUUUGGCCAGAUCUGUCCUCAGUAAGGCAAAAAUCUUGCUGCUUGACGAACCCAGUGCUCAUUUGGAUCCAAUAACAUACCAAAUUAUUCGAAGAACCCUAAAACAAGCAUUUGCUGAUUGCACAGUAAUACUCUGUGAACACAGGAUAGAAGCAAUGUUGGAAUGUCAACGAUUUUUGGUCAUAGAGGACAACAAAGUGCGGCAGUACGAUUCCAUCCAGAAACUGCUGAGCGAGAAGAGCCUCUUCCGGCAGGCCAUCAGCUCCUCAGACCGCUUGAAGCUCUUCCCCCUCCGGAACUCCAGCAAGCAAAAGUCCCGAUCCAAAAUUGCUGCUCUGAAGGAGGAGACCGAAGAGGAGGUGCAGGACACACGGCUGUAGAGAGCAAUA